AUGAAAACCACUUCGGCGAAGAGCAGAUGUUUAUUAUUAGAUAAAUUCUUUCGUUCUUUGCACCUCGCCCACCACUCUUCGAAUGUCUAUGUCUUUACCACUCCUUUUUUCUUUUAUUUAACUAUCACUCCUCUCGCCUUUCUCUUUAUCUUUCUCCUUCCUCUAUUUCUCAUUUUCACUCUCUCUCUAUCUCUCUAUCUCUCUCUCUCUCUUUCCUCUCUCUCUUUCCUCUCUCUCUUUCCUUCAUAUAACUACUGCCCAACUCUUCCUUUAUUUUUCUUUUCCCCCUUUCUCUCUCUAUUUCUUACCUUUUCUUUCAUCUAUUGCUCCUCUCUCCGUUCCUCUUACUCUUUCCAUAUCUGUUUUUUUCUUUCAUUUAACUACUGCUCUUAUCUACAUUUCUAUUUCUCUUCGCCCUCCUCUCCCUCUUUCUUCCCAAUCUCUCUCUCACUCUCUUUCUUUAAUUUUACUACUGCGCCUCUUUUCUUUUCUCUUCUCUUUCUCUUCACCUUCAUCUCUCUGUCUCUUUCGUUUACCUGCAGCUCCUUUACUCCUUUCUCUUGCACCUCCCCCUCUCUCUCUUUCUUUUAA